AUGUAAUAAGUUAAUGUACCUUCACAAUAUCCAAAUAUCCCGUUUACAAAUCAAACACCAAUCAAUAAAACUAACACUUCACAUUCUCCUAAUUAAAGAAUGCUCUUUUAAUCAUCUUCCCCUAUAUAAGAUUCCAAUAGCUAUACACCUGUUAAACAAUUAGGAGAAUUAGAAUUACUCUAUUAGAAAAUCCAUUUACUACAAAAUGAAAAUAAAAUGCUUAAAACUUAAUUGGAAAAUGCUAAUCUUUAGAUUAAAUAAUUAUCAACCAAAAUUAACACUUACAAUAGUUAAGCAAUAUUUAAGACAACUACUUUCGAAUUAGUAGUACUCUAAAAAGCAUUGGAGUAAUUAGAAUAGUUGAAAACUGUUUUACAGAAAAGAAAAACAAGUCCCCUUAAAAACAAUUAAACACUACCUACUGAAGAAACGGCUGAAGUCAUAAGUGAAUUGAAAAGCAAAGUCACCUUCUUAGAAUAAAAGAAUAAUAAAUUAUGCAAAGAGAACUCAGAACUAUAAGUAGGAAACUAAUUUCUUUAUUUUAGUAACUCAUUUUAUUCCCUGCCUAAUCCGAAACCAAAGAAUUUAUUAGAGAAGGCAGAAAACAAUUAUUUUCUGAUCCUAGUGAAAUUAGGUAAGUCAAUAGGAAUAGUCCUAUCAGAUUUGUAAAUCGAAAAGGAAGUCCUAGCAAUCCAUAUAGAUCACCUAAACAUAAAGAGUGA